ACAGCCUCCACUUUGCGUCUCUCCGCGAGCGCGACCUGGGCUGCGCGGUCCCGCCCCGCAGGUGCGGUCUCGGAGUCGCGGAUUCUGACGCGGAGCCUGACCGCUGCCCUUUGCAUCAGGCCCGUGCGUCUGGUGGCCGGAGUUUAUCCUGGAGGAACAUGGGCUGCGCAGGUACAAAGCUCAAAACAUGAACAACGAUAUAUGUUACCAAUGUUCAAAGCUGAUUUGGCUAGAACUGGAAUACAGUUGCCUACAACAUAUUCCAGAGGAAUUAGAAAAGUCAAAGUAAUGGAUAACAGAAAAGAUCCUCCAUUCUUCAAUGAAGAUAACGUGGGACCAUUUUACUACAAACUUCCUUUCUAUGAUGCCAUGGAGCUCUUCAUUGAAACAUUGACUGGCACAUGUUUUGAGCUGAGAGUUUCACCCUUUGAAGCCGUUAUUUCUGUGAAAGCAAAAAUUCAAAGAUUGGAAGGUAUUCCCAUGUGUCAGCAGCACUUAAUUUGGAAUAACAUGGAGCUUGAAGAUGAUUAUUGCUUGAAUGAUUACAACAUUUCAGAAGGUUGUACCUUGAAGCUGGUAUUGGCUAUGCGUGGUGGACCUAUAAAUACUAGAAGAGUUCCUAUGGAAGAUCCACUUAGGGAGAUGGCUGAGUACAUGGAUUCCAGUCGAGAUGAGGUCUGGGAGAAGACCUCCUCCACCAAACAAGUUACGUUUUUGGUAUACCGAGAAGGAGAUCAGUUGAAUUUCUUUCGUGUAGUAGAUAGGGGAGAUGGCACUUUAACACCAUUGUCUGAAUCUUUAAGUGGUGGUUCUGUGUAUAAUUUGUAUACUGAUGAAGAUGAGGAAGUUGAGCCUUCUCCUUCUGGGCAACAGAUAAUUGAAAAUUCAAUAACUAUGAAUAAGAUGAAGCUGCUGAAGGCUAAGAUGGAGAACAUGCAUCUGAGCAAAAAGCCUAAGAAAGCUGUCAAGGUGAAACCUUGUCCACCUGUAGCUCCCCGACCUUCGAGUGGUUCCACGGCAGCUGCUCGCCGCAGAUUGUUAAGGGCUCUCCCCCACAUUGGGCAGUCUUGUUUACCUUCUCCUGGGAACACGUGUCUACCUGCCUCCAUCAGCAAUGCAAUUUCAAGUUUGGCAACUCUGCCCCCUGCUGAUAGGCCCAUGUCGUCUAUCGCUAGUGAUUUUCUAAAGGAAGAUGAUACCUGGGAGAGUAACGCACUGUCUCAUUCCAAUGGUAGCUUCAAACUAUCACCACCUCAGAUACCCCUUAUGGAGUUCAAAAAUGACAAAGAGCUUGCUGAUUCUGUUCUCCAUCUUGGCUCAUCCCUACCUAGACGGACAAAACACUUUGCAGGAAAUUUGUCAUCUAAUAAUGAGGAUGACCCUGCUUUAUUUCCCCCUUCAGAAGAGCAUGUAACUGAAGAAUCGCUUCUACCUGAAGUGGAUUCAUUUGCUUCGUUUACAGAAGGAAACACUGACAAGCAGAGCAGUGGCUUAGAAGGCACGCGGAAGGGAAAUCCAGAGUUCUUACUCACUAAUGGGGAUAAAGGGCUGAAAGCUACAGAGAAGCAUCUUAAACAUGUUGCAAGAGUGUUGAGUGGUGAACUGGUGGAGACCACAGUUCUGAACCACCGUGAAUUAAGUCCUCACAAGAAUAGACUUUUAUCACCUCUUCGCUGUUCUGCACCGACGUCACUCCAUAAUUCUCUGGUGAAACCACAGAGACAGUCCAAAUGUUUUGACUCUGGGAACCUCCAGUCUUCUGCUUCACAAAAUGCACUUCGGUCAUUGGAUGUUCGAAAUAUAAGUGAUUCUUCUUUCUCUAGGACUACUCGCUUUCGAGCUGUUAAAGUUGAUUCACCUGGGAAAAGAGCUGAUAUUAUUUCUAAAGUCGAGGCUCGGGAUAUCACAGAAAUGGCCAACAAGGCUUCCAAAGAGCCUGUUGGUUGUGUAAAUAAUAUAGGUCUUCUUGCUUCGUUGGCCCGGAGCGCAAGCAGAGACGGCUUACAGAGCACCCGUGGGGCAGGCAGGCUUCGGACCUCUGGAGCUGGGCUGUCUACAAACCUCCAACAUUUUCAGGGGGAAAGCCUUAGGAAGAGUUCUCCCCAGUUAGAACCUACAGAAUUUUUUCUAUCUGCCCGUGGUACUGGAAUGAAUGGAAAUAAUACAGCAGCAGGGAAAAGAGUAGGAGAAUGUACUCAUCACCUCCCACCUGUGAAAGCCCCUAUUCAAACAAAGAAGAAAACAACAAAGCAUUGUUUUCUUUGUGGAAAGAAAACUGGACUGGCUACUAGCUACGAAUGCAGAUGUGGAAACAACUUCUGUGCAUCUCACCGCUAUGCAGAAGCUCACAGCUGUACCUAUGAUUACAAGAGUGCAGGGAGGAGAUACUUACAGGAGGCAAACCCUGUGGUUAACGCACCAAAACUUCCAAAAAUCUAAUUCUUGCUCUGCGCCUAUCUUUUCUGCCCGAGGAAUCGUAUUAUAAUGACAGAAGAAAUACUGUUGAGACUGCAUUAUUUUUGUUCGACUCCAAAAGAUUUGCCAAAUAACAAAAGCAUAUAGUGCAUACUGCUGGAGAAUGAGAAUGCUACUGUAUUUGACAUCUUUAUUCUUUGGUGAAUCAAAAGUUUUAAAGGUAGUUUUAAAAACUUUAUGAUGAUUUAGCUGUGUUAUUGCAUGUCUUGUGUUAAGUAUUUUAUAUUUGAUAUUGCAGUUUUACUAUCGAAGUCUUCCAAAGAUGCACUUUAAGAAGUUAACAUUGACUAUGUAACCAGCUUCCACAUUGAAUGAGCUGUCAUGUAAUGGCUCUACUCAGAUCUAAAAUUUUUUUGUGGGAGUGGGGUGGGAGGGGAUUUAAAAAAAAGUCCCAUACAUGAAAGUUUAUUGAGUUUACUGGCAAGUUCCUUUUUAUUUCAAGCUUUUUAUAGAAAAGAACAUUUGGUUUUCCAGUGUGGUUUUAACAUAUAUUUCUUCCAUGUUCAGAUUUUCACUCAGAUAUGUGUCCAUUCUAUAAAACACAUCAUGUUACUCAUACUAUAUAUUUCUUAAAAUACUAUUAUUUGAAUGGUAGUUUUAAAAUAGAAGAUUUCUCACUUGUUGCCAUUAAAUACAGAACUCUACUUUUCAGUUUUUGAAAAAUGGCUAUAUUUAAAAUAAAAUCUCACAGCUUGGUUUGUUUUUCUUAUGUGUUGAGUGCUAUUACCAGGAGAUAUUCAAAUAAAUAUUCAACUUCUU